AUGCCGGUCGGGACUCAAUUACGGCACUUGGAUGGCCUUCAACGUCCCAGGGAUGCUCCUGAACGUCUUCCUCGCUUGGGUCUGGCUCCAGGGAGUCUCCGUCUUCGCCCAGUGAGUCCCAGGGCCUGCCAUCGGAAUCGAUUCUCUCGACUGUGGGUGAGUCCUCGAGGCUCGUGCAGGUGGAGGGACCGGCUGAAACACCCGGGGAAAAGCAGAUCGAAUCAGAACGAAGCGGCGAGGGCGGAGAAAGCGGCUCGCAUGAUCGCCGAGAAGUACAAGGAACUCGGAUCCAUGUCCUUCCACGAAUUCAUCACUCUCACGCUGUUCAUCACUCUCGUCCUGCUGUGGCUCUUCCUGGAGCCUCAGUUCAUCCCCGGAUGGGCCGACGUGAUCAAAGGAGACGGGUGCACGCGGGAUGUGGACAUCGGAGAUGCGACCGCCGCGAUGCUCGUCGUCUUCUUUUUCUUUAUCAUCCCUGCGAAACCCAAUUUCUGGUGCUUCCGAGAAUCUUCAGGUAAGCAGUCAUAUUUCCCACCGAAUCUACUGGCAUUUGGUCCGAGUGAAGGAUCUCCUACGUAUGAGCCGUCGCAGUCGAGCGUGGCUCUUCUCAACUGGAAGAUCCUCCAGGAGAAGAUCCCCUGGGGGGUGUCCCUCCUCCUCGGUGGGGGAUUCGCGAUAUCCGAGGCCUCCCAGGCAUCCUGCCUGUCCUAUUGGCUGGGUCAGCAGAUGGGAGGCCUGGGAUCGCUGCCUCCGGCCGUUCUCGUUUUCAUCAUCACUCUCAUGACUGCCAUGGUGACGGAGGUGGCCUCCAAUACUGCUACUGCCACCAUCCUCAUGCCGGUCCUCGCUCAGCUGGUACGAUGCCACUUCCACUUUCUAUAA